ACACUUUGUAUGGCAAGUGGAACCACUGGCUUGGUAGAUUUUGCUAGAUUUUUCUGAUUUUUAAACUCCUGAAAAAUAUCCCAGAUAACUGUCAUGAAGCUGGUAACUAUCUUCCUGCUGGUGACCAUCAGCCUUUGUAGUUACUCUGCUACUGCCUUCCUCAUCAACAAAGUGCCCCUUCCUGUUGAUGAGUUGGCACCUUUACCUCUGGACAACAUUCUUCCCUUUAUGGAUCCAUUAAAGCUUCUUCUGAAAACUCUGGGCAUUUCUGUUGAGCACCUUGUGGAGGGGCUAAGGAAGUGUGUAAAUGAGCUGGGACCAGAGGCUUCUGAAGCUGUGAAGAAACUGCUGGAGGCGCUAUCACACUUGGUGUGAGUCAAGAUAGACAGCGGAGGUGGAUGGGGAUGGAAGAUGACGCUCCUAUCCUCCCUGGCUGAAACCUGUUCUACCAAUUAUAGAUCAAAUGCCCUAAAAUGUAGUGACCCAUGAAAAGGACAAAUAAAGCAAUGAAUA